GUACGAGUUACCAAGUCUUAUGAGUUCAAGUUGUUAUCUCAAUGACGAUCUUAGUACAUGUAAGUAACAUUGUGAGUUGGGAUAUCCGACUUUUCCAGAGCCGUGUUUGACAGAGUCAUUAAUGCUUUGAAUCAGCCGGGCGGCCAAAAACUUUAUAUGCCAAAAUCUACUAAUGCUAAUCGUUUAUUUAUGUACUUUAGCACUCUUUUACCUUGGGAUAUGACAAGAGCCUCAAAUUUCCGCCCCCCUCUUAUCAGCAUUGACGGUGGAACUACCCGAUGGGUGGAGCGACCUUCCAGCAGCGGAGCCGGCCGAAGCGCGGUUUUCUCCAGCGGGGGGGCGAUGCAGGUGAGGGGCGAUAGCGAUCUUGAUACGGAGGAGAGCCGCGGGAACGAGAUUUGACCCAGCUGCUGUCAGGCGCUAUACUGGAUAACAGAUGCGCCUUAUGGUGGUACCUAGUAGC